CCUCUCUCAAAGAAACCCUAAAAUUCGAACCCCAUCGUUUAAUUUAUUUCAUUUACCUGUUUGUGUGUAUAUAUAUGUAACACCAUACUCUCUAGCUUGCAACGCACACAAGCACUCUAAAAGAAAAAGACAAUAACAGUAACACACACCUCUAACAUUAAUAAAGAAUGUCUGGCGUCUGGGUUUUCAAGAACGGCGUGGUCCGGCUCGUCGAGAACCCAGGCGCAGACGCCGUGGAGGGUGGUGGGCGGCAAGCAUCAGGCGUAAGGCGCAAGGUGCUGGUUCACAGCGCAACGAACGAGGUAAUCACCAAUUACGCCGCCCUAGAAAGCAAGCUUCGGUCGCUGGGAUGGGAGCGUUACUAUGAUGAUCCAGAGCUUCUUCAGUUCCACAAGCGGUCCACCGUGCACCUCAUUUCUCUGCCUAAGGAUUUCACCAAGUUCAAGUCCAUGCACAUGUAUGACAUAGUCGUCAAGAACAAGAACUCCUUUGAAGUUAGGGACAUGUAGCCCAUAUAUACAUACAUAAUUUUGUUAUUAAUCACUGCUUCAUUAAUUUAGAGGUAUAUAUUCUAAUCUUAAGUUGGAUUUUUCUUUUGAAAAAAAUGUUAUAUAUAUUCAUAAAAUAUACAUAAUUUUAUGUGAAUUUCAAAAAAUUUUUAAUUUAUUAUUUUAAAAAUUAUUUAAAUACAUGAAUCUGAAGGUGUAAAACUCUUUUAUUAUAAAAUUAACUCUACUUUUAUAUUUAGAAUUUAUCUUUUUUAUUCCCAGGUAAAUGAUAUCCUUAAACUUAAAAAUUUUUAAUUUUAUACAUAUACAUAUGGCCAAGAAAGUACCCAUAUCAGGCAUGGAGUUUGAGCAGGAGGGGCAGGCUAAGUUUCUAGAUGGUCAUAGUGGGGGAUGCAUGAUGGGUUGUUUCUCUAUAUAUUUUCAAAGUAAUUGUAUGUGUCAUUGAUUUGUGUAUCAGUUGGUGAAGUUUGUGGGGUACUCUUUGAUUUGGUGAAUGACUGAAUGUCAUUUGUGUAACUGUGUGUGGUUGUGGUGAUGUAAUUAAUCUUUCUUUCUA